CCCUCUCGCGCCGCCGGUCCCAGGCCGAGCAGGAGAUGAUCGAGGCCUGCACCACACCCAGAUCGGGCCGCACGUCCUUCGACGAGUAAUUUGGCCCCGCCCCGGACCGUUCGCGGUGCGGGAUAUAUAAGGAUGGCCCGCGCGCGGCCGGACUGGGUGCAAAUCCUCGACCCGGAGAGCGGCCACUGGUGCUGGUACAGCGCCCUGCGGCAGGAGAGCCGCUGGGAGAAGCCUCCUAUACAAGACGGGUGGCUCGAGUGGCGUGAUUCCCACGGCAACGCGUUCUAUGUUGAUGAUGCGGGCGCGUCGACGUGGGACCCGCCCUGGCGCGAAGACGACGCCGACGCGGCGGACGUAGCCGCCGGUGGUGACGCCGUGGCCGCGAGCGCGUCGGCCGACGAGGCGCCAGAAACGACACGCGAGGCGCCCGACGCGCCCGUGGCGCCCGAUCCUCCCGCGCCGCCGGUCCCGAAGACCGACGCUAUCGACGAGCUCAAGCCCAUGGAUCGCGCGGCUCCCAAGGCGCCCGCAUACUAUGGCGCGAACGCGGCCGAGGCGCACGAAACGGGCAGCACCUACGCCCCGCCGCGGCCCGGCACGGACCUCCUCGCCUACGAGCGCCAAAGGGCGGCACUGCUCGUCGCUGCGUAUCGAGAACGGAGCGCCGCGUCGCGCGAGCGGCGCCUCCGCGACGACCGCGAGGCCCUCGACCGCGACCGCGCGGCCCUGGACCGCGAGCGCCAGCUCCUCGCGCUCGAGCGGCUCCGCGGCGCGGACCGAAACCUCCCGGCGCGCUCAGCCGUCGCCGCGCUCGUGGUCGCGACGAGCCUGGCGCGCAAUCAGUAGCUGCACGAGAAACGAUGCCGGAGCAGCAAACCCCCAUUUUUGAACCUCUCCCCCCUCGAGAACCAUACAUAAGUUCAACAUCAC